UGUCUGAAUUGGCAAACUGUAAUAAGUAAUGGGUAACUAAAAUUGUCCCUCGGCGCACACCGUACCCAUAACAUCAGUCCCGCAGUGCUAUGCAUUAGCUAAGCGCUCUCUGACAAUAACCGCUACCAGCUAUCUUGGACAUUGUUGACUGCCCAGCCUGCAAGUCUCCAGCUCAUCAACAUGGUCAACGUCCUAAAGGGUGUUCUGGUUGAAUGUGAUCCUGCCAUGAAACAGUUCCUCCUUUACCUGGAUGAGACGUCGGCCCUGGGAAAGAAGUUCAUCAUCCAGGACCUCGAUGACACACACGUCUUCAUCCUGGCUGAAGUGGUUCAGAUACUGCAGGAGCGAGUUGGCGAGUUAAUGGACCAAAACUCAUUCCCUAUCACCCAGAAAUGAGAGACUCAGCUUCUUGUUCUAAUCAAAUCUUCCAGGACUUCUAAUAACUUGUGAAUUGAUGGUUUUGUACAUGAACAUGAUUUGACUGACAUGGGACGAAACAUGUGGUUUUGAUAACAUUGAUGUGAAAUGUCGACAUAAACAACCCCUUAUUGUGAGUUUACUGCUU